AUGAGCAGCGGCAAGGGCUCUCCCGAGGCUCUCUCGUCCAGGACUUUUUCAUCACCAAAUUCAUCGACAGCGACGCUGACGGCAAGCAACCUCAACGAGAGGAACGAGAGAAACGAGAGAAAUGACCGGAUUGCUGCCUUAAGACGGGAUUCAGGAUCUUCAAAUGGAUCAGCACAGGCCCUUUCGAGUAUUGAUGCGAGGCUCAACCUACCACUCGUAACCAAUCUUCUCGCGCCCCAGAGGGAUGAUGUUCCUGACACGCCAAGUUCGACCAUUGUUGAGUUCGGCGAUACAGACAGGAAUCACUUUCCGUCGGCCGCAGAGUUGGCCGACACUGUUUUUCGCACACAGCAUCGCGUCCGGAAAAGUCGGUCGCAAUCGCGGACACGACCUGAGCAUGGCAGUAUCCGGGAUCUCAAGCAAGAACGUAGCGCGAGCGUUCAGCGCAGCGGGACUCCGACUGGCUCAGCGAGAGACAGGUCCGAAUCAACUCACAGCAAAGCGGCAAGCCCUAGCUUGAGGGGGCUACCGACCGAGAGAAGUGCGGCCACUGAGCGGGAACUGGCCAAGAGCAGGGUCAACAUGUAUUUGACCCAACAGCAGUCGCCCCAAAGCCCAGAGCCCAUUGUCCAAACCCCAAUGCAGCAAACACCUUCAGACCCUGAUAAGGAACUCCUGCUGGAGAACCGCGGCUUGUAUCAAAGAGUUGCCGCGCUGCAGCGCAUAGAGCGGGAUCUGCUGGCGGAGAACCAAGAGCUGCUGCGUCAAUUCAACCAGCUGAAACAACACCACGACGUGCGCCGAAAGCAAUGGAGGGAUCAACUUCGCCAAAGAGAGAGGGAAUACGAAGCUCGCAUCCAUGAGCUGGAGGACCACAUGUUGCAGCUUGCCAUUGCCAACCCAACGAGAGUGGCACCCGUUCAGACCGACAAAGAUAUUAUUCAUUGGUUUGCUGAACAAGAACAUGCCCGACGCGUUUGGAUACAAGACUAUGCGCAUCGCGGUCACAAUCGUCUCUGCGAAGGCCUUCACCCACUCCAACUGGCCGAGCUAUGCGAAGGCGUCAAGGAGUUUGUGAAGCUCAAUGAGGACAAGACUCUCCCUGAAGAGCUUCCCACAAACAGCAGCGAGACGACGCAACUCCUUCUCCAAGGGUUGCUGGCAGACUUUAUCUCCACCGAGAUCCUGGCUUCCCCAUUCUGGGUGUUUACUGCCAUCUCCGCUGGGACACUCGAGAGCCCCAGCGUCCCUCACCCCGGCACGGAACCGAUUGCGACAAGUUUCCGCAUGGACUUGAGCUUAUUCAACGACAUUGCUCCUAUGCGACCCAUCUACGCCCCUACUCCUGGCAGCCCGCACUUUCCUCCACCUUUGAUCACUUCCAUGUUGCCCCAAGCACUCGGAAACGCCGCGUCUGCUUUGGGCUUGCCGACGCAGACCCAGAUGGAGAAUCUCUAUCACAUGCUUCUGAGUGCUCAAAAGCAAUACGCGGAUGUGACCGUUCACGAUUGGCGAGCGCAGCUUAUGAGGCUCCUCGCCGAGAGUGGUAUGAGCAUGAAGGACCCCUUGGACGCGGCCAAGAACGAGGCCAGGCGCAUCCUCAUCGAGUCCAGACUCAACUACGCCCGCAAGCUCAAGGAAAAGUUCCUCGGCGGUCCCGCCCGCUUCCUCCUCGGUGAGCAAGAUGCUGCCGGCAUCGGAAAGCUUGAGCGGCGUUUGCAUGACCUUAUCGACGAGACCCUCCGCUUCUCCUGCCGAAUCUGGUCACGCCCUACUCCUCUCCGGCUUCACGACCUCGGCGACCUCAAGGACCAGAAAUUCACUUCUUCUCAUCCUUACAUGCGCCUUUGCCAUGUGCAAGCCCCCCGCGGCAUGGAAGAGCAGCCGCAGCAGCCGAAGAAGACGGACUCCAGCGAGAGGGAGAAGUCCCCGCCGGGGUAUCAUGACGGACGACCCGUGAUCAUGGUUCUCUCCCCCGCUAUCGAGUCCAUUGUAGACAGCAGCAAGGACAACAGAAAGGGCACGCCAGCAAUGGAUGAGAUUCCCAAAGUUUGGGUUCGCGCUCGGGUGCUUGUUUCCUCUCCAGCGCGCGCUGCGGCAUUGAAAUCCCUCGGUCCCAUCAAAAUGGCUUCACCACCACAAGUCACAAGACACAACUCCGCCCCUACUACCACCGCGACCACGACACUAGAUAAAACAGGAUCUGGGUCGCCGGCGGGUGUGGGUACACUACCAGCUACCCAGUUCACCCGGAAACACUCGUCACCGCCACAUUCGUCUUCGUCAUCGCUGGAAGAAAAUUCCUAUACGCCGCCCGGGUCGACGAAGACCAGUUCACAGACGGUAUCGAUGCCAUUUGCCAGUCAGCAGAUUGUGUCACCAUUUCUGAGGCAAUCGGUGUCGCCAAGUAAGAUGUUCGGGGUGGACGGGAAUAAGAUUGAUAGGCAAAUGGAUUUGCCUAUAGCUUGA